CAUGAUAUACAAAGUACAAAACCAGGCUCAUUUAUUCUUCUUUUCCAAUAAACGAGUCUUCGCGGUAACGUCGUUCACUGUAAUGUCGUUUUUUGUAUUCGCGGUAAUGUCGUUCGCGGUAAUGUCGCUCGCGGUAUUGUCUCGCGGUAAUGUCGUGUCACGACCUAUUCACUAUCUGUUACAUUUAUUUAUUUAGGUCACCGGUCCCAACGCAACAGCUGGAAUAUUUGGUACAAUGCCAGCUCGGAAUGUUCGUCAACAAACAUUAUUUUUUGAUCAAGUAUUAUCAACUGCUUUAUUAUUACUUGGUUUGUGUUCUUUAAGUAACAAACAAAAUAAAUUAGUUUCAAACUCAGUUAUACCAUUAGCGGUAGCAUUUAUGAUUACGGCCAUCGGUGCUGCCUUUGGUUUCAAUUGCGGUUUUCCAAUCAAUCCUGCACGUGAUUUAGGUCCUCGUUUAUUUGCAUUUGCUGUGGGUUAUGGUUCUGAGGUAUUUACUGUUGGUAAUUAUUAUUUCUGGAUCCCUAUUGUCGGUCCCAUAGUCGGUGGUUUGAUAGGAGCAUGGAUCUAUAUGGGUUAUGGUCGAUUGAUGAAAAUACAUCUUGGAGAAGAUAAUAAACAAAUAAUUGAAAAUAGACACAGAAUUGACGAAGCUAAUAUGUCACGAUUAUAG